AUGUCAAAUCGGGAGAUUCAUUUCCAACAUGUGUUCCACGGACAGGAGUCUGGCUUCUACCCACACAGAUAUUACCAGACGCCUCAACAACUAUCCCUGUUGGCCGUCAGCCCCUUUGAAAGCGGUCAGCAGACUGAAACACAGCCCUACAACAACCGCCAGCCCUACACCGCGAUUAUGUCAACAGCGCAAUCUUUAGUUAGCCCAGCUAACUCGUCCUAUGGGGGUCUCGCCGUCACUCAACCACCCCCUCCACCCAAUGAGGACUGCGUUCCUGUAACAAUUAAUUAUGCUGGUUCAACAACGGAAUCCCAGCUGGUUAACCAGAUGGGAAUGGUUCAGCAAUUUACGCCGAACGAGUACAAUCAGCUGAGCACAUACCCGCCAGUUGCGGAGGCCUCACGGCGGUACAGUGUACCCGUGACAAAUGCUUACGAGACCCUCGUUCCCUCACACCGGUCAGCAGUAUGUCAAACUACAUACGCUGUCCAAAACGGGUAUGCCCAAAACAAUAAUGGAGCCCCGACCUACAGUGUAGAUCCGAGAUCGCAAUACCCGAUCUCGGGACAGCAAUCCAAUUAUGUGGUCAACGCACCCCCGGCUACUGAAGCCGAAUACGUGACUGCUCAAUUGGUUUGCAGCACACAAAGCCAGCAGGAGUCUGUAGUGACGCAAGUUGGCUUGUCGGAUUACUCCAGUAGCCCCGUGGGCUUCAAUCGAAACGGAACGCCCACUCCAUCAGCAUCCAUUGCCACGUUGGAUUCAACGAGGCGAGGACGCCGUCAGAGUGAAAUGCCGAGAGGCGCUAGCAAUGGUUUGGGUGCGCGCAAGAAACCCCGUAAAUCACGGACAAUCUACACUCGUGAGCAAACGGACAGGCUGAUUGAGGUGUUCGCCAGAACGCAGUACCUAAACCUCACAGAAAGGGCUAAGCUGGCGGCUGAGCUUGGGCUGACACAAACUCAGGUCAAAAUCUGGUUCCAAAACCGACGCUCAAAAGUAAAAAAAAUGAAAAAGCCCAGAUCCUGCCCUGUGCAAAAUCGGACGGAUUCCGCGACUACUUUAAACGAUGUCCCUGGAUCCAUCUCAUCGCCAGUGCCAUCGACUAGCCAAGGCCUAACGACUAAUGAACACACUAGUCAUGGCGUAGCUUUCUCAGACAGCGAGUGGAAUGAGCUGAUGGCUGAUGAAGAUGACGCGGACGAAGAACAUUUAAGCGCGCCAGCCCUGGCAACGCCCCAGGUGUCCACUGGCGAUUCUUCCUACACCGUCCACAUGGAGGGCACUUCUUCCUCAGUGGGUUCAGCGGCAACGCAUCAAUCAGCUCAGGCAUGGCAGGAUUUGAAUGCUUCUUUGGUGCUCAAUGAGGCUACACCGGGGAUGAGCGACGCCGAGCAGAAUGGCUGGCCAAACUCAACGGGACCUGUGCUAAACCCGCCAGAAGUUCCGGUCCAUACCAACGACUACCCCACGGAUCCUUACGCCAGUGCUUUCGUGCAACCACAGAACACCUACACUGCACAGUGGGUCGGUGCUCAACUGCCUUUUGCUGACACCCAAGGCGCCUACUUGUAUGCCAACGGUGGCAAUGUCGAAUGGCACCAGCUGCAACAGCCAGCGAACAUUCCAGCCGACAAUCCGAUUGGGCCAUCUCACUUGGAUCAGCUGUUCUAA